AUGCAGAUAUUGCAGAUAGCUCUCAUCAGUGGCCCUUUUCUUCGAUGCCAGGAUGUCCAUGCCUCGCGUGCCCGCUGUGCCGGUCUGCUGACGGCACCGGCAGUGCUGGGGCGGUGGUGGGACCCCCACGCCGCUGACGUGCCUCUCUGCCCGCUCACCCAGGUGCUGGCAGGGCUGCACUUCCUGCACAAGCGCUGCCGCAUCAUCCACGCGGACAUCAAACCGGAGAACAUCUUGCUGUGCGGACGUGACAAGACCCUCCAGAGGCUUCUGCCCGACACGCUCGACUGCGGCCAGAGAACAGAUCUGAGGCUAGAGGGACCAGGAGGUGAUCUUGGCAAUCAAUUGGAAGAAUCGGAUCUAAUGAGCAUAGAAGUGAAAAUCGCAGAUCUGGGCAGCGCAUGCUGGACAUACAAGCCUUUUUCCAAGGAGAUACAGACCCAGCCGUACCGCGCCCUCGAAGUGCUUCUUGGAUUAGACUACGGCACUCCUGCGGAUAUCUGGAGCAUGGGCUGCCUGGCAUUUGAAAUGGCAACUGGGGAGUGUCUAUUUGAUCCUCAACCUGGGAAAUAUUUCUCCAGAGAUGAUGAUCACGUUGCUCGUAUUAUUGAACUCCUGGGACGAAUUCCUCCCCAAAUUGCUUUGUCCUGGAACAAGUCAACAAAAUUUUUCAGCAGGCCAGAUUACCUCCUUCCAGAUGCCUUGGUGGACACGCAGAGCUCCAAAAUCCCCUCUGCACAGGUGGAGCUCUGGACAGCCCUGCCCGAGUGCACCCUGCUCCUUGCCGGCGAGGAGGAGGAAUGGAGCUACCUGGGCUACUCUCCUCUUACCUUCUCUCCGAAAAAACCUGCCUCUGCUCUCGUCUCCUCUCCUCCCCUGGGCCCAGCCAGGGAGGAGCCGCGUCGCUCUUGUCUUUGCCGCUGUGCAGUAAGGAAACGCUUCUGUGUCCUGAGGAAGAAGAGGCAGCUCAAAACUCUGUAG